CCUGCAUUGUUAACACAAACAUUUAUACACAAAAUAUUGCUGCAAACAAAUGACUCCUAUGUGUUCGAGGGCUGUAAAUAACAAAAAGAUUGUGAUGUAUAUUCCUACGAGACAAUCACUUUGUCCAACGCCGUGGUUGUCAAUUCAAAACACACAUGCGCAUCGCCUCGCUCGAGCGCUUCCUCGCUAUUGGCUCGAGCGCGUUUGUUAUUGGUAGUGACGUAUGAGACUCCGUUCUCACCCAUGACCCUCCCGCUGCGCGUUGCCUCAGUCUGUUCGCUUCUAGAGCCGCGGUCCUCGCUUUAGUGUUUAUUUGGUUGUCAUGGCGGAGGGACGUGGAGAACUAUUGCCUCACCCGCCGCUUCAACUCUCCUUACCCCCGGCCAGCAAGCGUCCGUGUUUGCGUCCCGCUCCUCGAGGACCGGGUCCGGGGCCUGGACCGGGAUUUCCGAACUCUCGCUUUCGUUGCCCGGAAUCUCUACUGGACUGCGCUGCUAAGGCCGUAGCGGAGAAAUGGGCCUUCGAGAGGGUGGAGGAGCGCUUCGAGCGGAUUCCCGAGCCAGUUCAACGUCGUAUCGUUUAUUGGUCUUUCCCGAGGAACGAAAGGGAAAUAUGUAUGUAUUCGUCGUUUCAGUGCCGAGUGGCAGGCGAAGAGAGUCCCGUAGUGGGCUCGAGCUCGACCGUUGGAGCCAGUUCAGUCCCUGGAGGAGUUACGAACACAACCGGCAGCGCUGGGACUGGGGCUACCGGAGAUGGACUGCCUUUCCGCCGGGGAAUCCGGCUUUUGGAAACCGGUUGUGUGGACAAUGUCUUGCAAGUCGGUUUUCACCUCAGUGGCACAGUCACGGAGCCGGCCACGCAAUCUGACCCGGAGACCACGCACAAGGUGGCCAUCAGCUUCGACCGUUGUAAGAUCACCUCAGUAACAUGCGGAUGCGGCAACCGCGACAUCUUCUAUUGCGCGCACGUGGUGGCGCUGUCCUUAUACCGCAUCCGCAAACCCGAACAAGUCAAACUGCGGCUGCCCAUCUCAGAGACACUCUUCCAGAUGAACAGAGACCAGCUGCAGAAGCUGGUGCAGUAUCUUAUCACGGCCCACCACACGGAAGUGCUGCCCACCGCCCAAAAACUGGCUGACGAGAUCCUGUCCUCCAACUCUGAGAUCAACCAAGUACACGGAGCCCCUGAUCCCACAGCAGGGGCCAGUAUUGAUGAUGAGAACUGCUGGCACCUGGAUGAGGAGCAAGUGAGGGAACAGGUCAAGCAGUUUCUCUCUCAGGGAGGAUACUAUGGCUCAGGCAAGCAGCUAAACUCCAUGUUUGCCAAGGUAAGGGAGAUGCUGCGGAUGCGAGAUUCUAAUGGGGCACGGAUGCUCACUCUUAUCACAGAGCAGUUUAUGGCUGACCCACGAUUGUCACUAUGGCGACAGCAAGGCACAGGCAUGACCGAUAAAUGCCGACAACUGUGGGACGAGCUUGGUGCGCUGUGGGUGUGUAUUGUGCUGAACCCACACUGUAAGAGCGAAGAGAAGAACGCCUGGCUGAGACAGCUGAAGAAGUGGGGAGACAUGGACAUCUGCCCUCUAGAGGAUGGCAAUUACGGCAGCGAGCUGCCCAACAUCACCAAUGCCCUGCCACAGAGCAACCUGGCUCAGGACUCACUGGCCCGGCCUAGAAGAACAGUGUUCACGAGAGCCAUGGAAGCUUGUGACCUGCACUGGCAGGACAGUCAUUUGCAAAGAAUCAUCAGCAGUGACUUCUAUAUGUCUCCAGCCUACCAGAGAGAGGGAGAGAGUCUGCUCUUCAACCCCCAGGGCCUGCCACUGUGGCUUGAUCAUGUGCCUACAGCAUGCGCCAGGGUUGAUGCCCUGCGUUCCCAUGGUUACCCCCGAGAAGCCUUGCGACUGGGUGUUGCCAUAAUCAAUACCCUGCGGCUUCAACAACAACGGCAUUUAGACAUUUACAAACAUCAGAAGAAAGAGCUGCUGCAGAGAGGAAUGACCAACACCACCAAUCUAGAGGGAUGGGUUGGCCACCCCCUCGACCCCAUUGGCUGCCUUUUCACCACCCUCACGGAGACGUGUCGAGUGGAGGAUGACAAUACCAUGGAUACCGGAGAUUCAGGUGAGCCCAAGCCUCCAGUGUACCAACAUGUGCCGGUGUGGGGAUGUCCAGACGGAGGGGAGUCGUACCUGGCGCUGGCGCUAGAGGUUGCACUGAUGGGCAUGGGGCAGCAACGGCUGAUGCCCGAGGGGCUCUACGCCCAGGAGAAGGUGUGCCGCAAUGAGGAGCAAAUCGUGGCCAAGCUUCAGGAGAUGGAGCUGGAUGAUGUAUUAGUGGAGACGCUCCGCAAACAAGCUGUCCUCCUUUUAGAAGGUGGUCCCUUCAGUGGUCUUGGUGAGGUCAUUCACAGGGAAAGCGUUCCCAUGCAUACGUUUGCCAAGUACCUGUUCACAGCUCUGCUGCCACACGACACUGACCUGGCGUACAAAAUGGGCCUUCGCGCUAUGAGGCUUCCAGUGCUCGAGUCCACAGCUCCCUCGGGUGACAUAGGGCACACACACCACGGCAUCUCCAUAGUGCCCAGCAGAUACCCACGCUGGUUCACGCUGGGCCACUUGGAAUCUCAGCAAUGCGAGCUGGCCUCCACCAUGCUUUCUGCUGCUAAGGGUGACAUGUUGAGAUUGCGGACUGUUUUGGAGGCCAUUCAGAAGCACAUCCACUCUUCGUCCCUCAUCUUUAAACUGGCCCAAGAUGCUUUCAAGAUAGCCACCCCCGCAGAUAACCCUCCAGACAUCACGCUGCUCAAUGUAGCAUUGGAGCUUGGCCUACAGGUUAUGAGAAUGACUCUUUCUACACUUAAUUGGAGGCGAAGGGAAAUGGUUCGCUGGCUAGUCACGUGUGCUACUGAAGUCGGUCUAAGAGCGUUGGUCAGUAUAUUACAGAGUUGGUAUACUCUAUUCACCCCCACCGAGGCCACCAGUAUAGUGGCAGCCACCGUGAUGUCCCACAACACCAUCCUACGCCUGAGCCUGGACUACCCGCAGCGGGAGGAGCUCGCCAGCUGCGCACGCACCCUGGCCCUGCAGUGUGCCAUGAAGGACCCCCAAAACUGCGCCUUGUCCGCCCUCACCCUCUGCGAAAAGGACCACAUCGCCUUCGAGACGGCAUAUCAGAUAGUCAUCGAUGCCGCAUCCACGGGCAUGACCUACUCUCAGCUCUUCACCAUCGCCCGCUACAUGGAGCACCGCGGGUACCCCCUUCGAGCCUUCAAACUGGCGUCUCUCGCCAUGACCCACUUGAACCUGGCCUACAACCAAGACACGCACCCGGCCAUCAAUGACGUGCUUUGGGCGUGCGCUCUCAGCCACUCGCUGGGUAAGAACGAGCUGGCCACCAUUAUUCCACUGGUGGUCAAGAGCGUUCACUGUGCUACAGUGCUUUCGGACAUUCUUCGGCGCUGUACCAUGACGGCCCCCGGGCUGGCCGGCAUCCCUGGCAGGCGUAACUCGGGCAAGCUCAUGAGCACUGACAAAGCGCCGUUGAGACAGCUACUGGAUGCCACGAUCAGCGCCUACAUCAACACUACCCACUCACGGCUCACACACAUCAGCCCGCGCCAUUAUGGAGAGUUCAUCGAGUUCCUUAGUAAAGCACGUGAGACCUUCCUAUUGGCCCAAGAUGGCCACAUUCAGUUUGCCCAGUUUAUAGAUAACCUGAAACAGAUCUAUAAAGGCAAAAAGAAACUCAUGAUGUUGGUACGGGAACGUUUCGGUUGAACCUCACCUGACAACAGGGGACUAAAUCUUCUUUCAUUCUUCAUUUAUUUAAGGCAUUAUUUUAUUUUACUUUUUUGGUGAAUUUCAACAUUCUAUUUGUUUGUUUUUGAUCUGUCUCGGUUUUUUAUAUUGUGAACAAGUCCUGUUCACUAAGUUAUUCCACCAGGUCCAACUUGUGGAGGGGAGAACAAGUGGCUGUGUUUUUGUUUUAUUUUGGCUUGUUCUUAAUUUAGUUUAAUCAAACUAUUGUUGUUAAAGUGUAACCGUGGCACAUAAAGAGAAACCAAAUUUUGUUAGUUUUGAAAAGGGGCUGGAACAUUCGAAACAAACGGUCAUUCCUAAAACACUCGCACACAGUGUUACUAUCAUACCUUGAUCGUAUUUUCAGGAUCAGCUUUAACUGUUUGGAAAGGGCCUGAUAUUAAGAGUGAACCGUGGAGGAGUGAAACGGCCAAUACUUCACCUCAAACAAACAUGAGUCUGCCGACGCUCCAAAACAUGAGUCAAACAUCAAAACCAAUGUCAUGAGUUCCUCCCUUUUCUGCAGUGUUUAUUACUAUCGGCUCAUCUUUUAUCUCUAUUCAGUGCAAAUACUUGCGAGGAACGCAGAGAUGACAAAAAAAUACAUGAGGAUACCUGUGUGCUAAAUCCUUGUGAAGGUCACAUCUGAUGCCGUUUCUUGAUGUUCGCUGAAUUUGAACAAAACAGAGAUAUAUAUUUGCCCGUCAAUGUCUAACAUUAUCAGCCAUAUGUUUCUCUGUUACCUCUCAGUGAAAAAUGGAAACAAAAAGACUUGUGUGAGCUUGAGUAGCAGUAAUAAUAUAUGUAAUAGCACUUCAUUAAAUUCCAUCCCCUUCACGACACGUUCGGAUCAGCAGUUAUCUACUGGGUUAACUCUAUAGACUGAAUGGUUUGACAAAACGAAUAUAUUGACAAACAACAUCAAAUUACUUUGCAUUAAACUGUACCAUAAUAUCUUCCACAUUCCAUGACCUCCACCCUCCACAAGUGCCCCAGUGGAUCCGAACACUUAGAAUGCACUCUGCGGCUUCCAUCUGAAGGAAAAAAAGAGUAGAGAGUACACGAGAAAAGAGAUGCUCAACUCCGUUCUCAGGGAAUCACUUAAAGAAACAAAACAGAAAAAAGUAGUAGCAUAAGCAUUUAAGAUAUUGUAAAUAUGAAAGUGUCAAUUCAAAAAAAUUGUAAAGUUAUAAUUAUUUAUGAUAAUUGUAUGUUUUUCUUUUCGCAUACUUGAAUUUGUUGGGCUGGGAAUGUGACAACCGUAAGAGGAAAGACUUCAGAAACAUUUCUCAGGUGCUCCUGUGUACAUUUCUGAUUUACAGUUUUAUUUGUAACCUCUAUUUUUAUUUUUCGAAAAAACUUUUUUGCAAGAGGAAGCAUUUGAAGAUUGAAAUAAAAGGAGGGGACAAACGUUUAUAAACAGACUAUGCAGAACCACUUUACCAUUUGCCCUCCCGAUCUUCCUCCCUCUUUUCUCUUUGGGAUUAUUUCUUGUUUGGCUCGGGGGUGGGGAGUUUAUAUCUGUAAGUAAUCUGCACGAGCUGCGAGUUUGGAUGGACUUUGCCUUUGAUCUACGUACAACUCUUUACUUUGAAGCCUUAUAGUGUUCUCUGAAAGCACUGCCUGUGUUUCAGGACAUUGAGUUGCCAAUGUCGAUGGAGUACAGCACAGGAAAAAUGGACCUUCACCUUUAACUGGCCCAAGCGAGGAUGGAGGACAUAGGCUACUAUUCUCCUUUAGGGUGUGAUAUCUUGCAUUGGGGUUUAUUAUGGGCAAUAAGGUCAGUCUGUUAAGAGUUUGUGAAAUGCCAUUGCCUAAAUAAGACUUUGAGAGGCGCUUAUGAAUCGCUCAACUCUAAGGUUGAUGGCUAGGGUUGGUAACUUUUGUUUAAACGGUUUCCAUUUUUGGUUCGAAGCGUUCGUCUCUGUUCACGUUAGUUGCCUCAACAUUGGCAUACUCGAACCGCACAUUAUGCAGCCUGCUCAGUCAGGGAUCUGAAUAGACCCCAGAGAAAGUUCACAGUUCAGAGGUUUUUUUUUUAAGCACACCCACAGAAUGGUCAUAGUGCUGCCUGUUCCUUUACAAAAGUUAUAAAAUGUAAAAAAAAAACUAAGAAAAAGACAAAGGAAAAAAAGUCAAGCAUUUUUUGUAGCUAUAUAGUUGGUCCAAUGGCAUUGCAAAAAGAGAAUAACCUCCUCUGGCUUUUGAUUUCUCUCUUCCAUACUCUUAAGUGUCUGUAUGUGUUAACUGUACCAGUGUUUUGAUCUGUCCCUAGAGUUUAGAAGGAAAAAAUAAUCGCUGGUAGAGAUUGUUCACUAGUUCAUCUACUGUUUGAUUUUCGUUUCGUUUUAAUUUAAGGGAAAGUGUUUGUCGCCUCUUUGUGCUACUGAAUUAUAAAAGGUAUCCAGUAUUUGUUGCCACAAAAGUAUAGUUCAUCAACACUUUUUGUUUGUGCAACCUCUUGAGCUAAUGUCUAUAAACAAAAAUUUAUUACUAUUUAUGUAAUGCUACUACCAUUUUAUAUGAUUUGUGUUGAAUUUCAGUGCUUUUCUAUGAAUAAAGUGUGAAACACGU